AUGUCUUCUCACAAGACUUUCAGGAUCAAGCAAUUCCCGCUCAAGAAACAGAAGCAAAAUUGUCCCAUUCCCCAGUGGAUUCGGAUGAAAACUGGUAAUAAAAUCUGGUAUAACUCCAAGAGGAGACAUUGGGGAAGAACCAAGCCGGGUCUAUAA